AUGCCUUGGAGUGGAGUACCAAUUACUAUUUGUACGCCAAAAUCACUUCCUAGUGAUUACUUCAAAAAAAGUAUUCAAGGUGGAAUCAAAAACACUUUCGAUUCCUCAGUAUCCCUGGAUAACUUUGACAAACUGUUUCAAUCAAGAACUUACUUGUCAAAACAAUCCGAGAUUAGGGAGAUUGACGGUAAAUCCGACAGUUUCCACUACUGGAAAAUUGUAGAACAGGUUACUAGCUUUGUCAAGGAUAAGCACUCUUAUCGAGUCUCACUUGUCACAUUUGAGUAUGGCAAUGUUAACCUUUCAAACCAAAAAUUGGUGGAGGAUAGUAACUCAAAAAUAUUUUUUCAGAUUCAAAUUACAAAUUAUGAUGUAGUAAAACAUGGCUAUUUUACUGAGAUACAUCUUAACAUAGAUAAAACUUGUAUCGCAUUAGUUUCACAAUCUUCGUGUUGCGUUUGUCAUCUACCUAAUUUGGAAAAUGAGAUUACUACAAAGAUAAAUAGUAAAAAAUUCGGUCCAGUUUGCAUUGUACCAAAUGCAUAUACUGGAUAUUUGUUGCACGAUGUACAUUUAAAUGAAUCAAACAAUUUUUAUACUAUGGAUGAAAGGGAUUUGUACUACAAAACCUCUUCACAUAUUGUGAAAGUUAAAUGGCAUCACAAUUUCAACAACUUUAUAUGCAUUUUAGAAAAGAAUUCAAAUAAUAGACACUUUGACUUCCAAACAUAUUUCCGCAUAUACAACAUAAGUAAAAAUAUUGAUGUACCGGUUUAUAAACUUAAAAUUGAUUCAUCUGCCUGGAAAAACACAUUUUGUCGCACUAUGGAUUACAAAGACUCAGAUACCAUUCAUAACAUGUGUUACGGGGACGAGAAAGAUUUGUCUUUUGAUACAAACGUGAAGCUUGAACAUGAGAAUUCUGGCAACAUUGUAGACUUUACGAUUGGCAUUCACGAUCCAGAUAAUGUGUGGCAGGAAUAUACGCUUUAUUUGUUGCAUGAAUAUGGGUUUGUAUACAUUUAUACCCCGAUCAUUUUUUUCGACCUCAAUCUCUCGAACGAGGAUAGGGUCAUGAUGAUUUCAAACACCACCUACCACCUACUAAACUCAAAUUUUAUAUCGACUGAGAAUUUAUCGCAGGAACUUUAUACUGAGUUGAAUCUUUUGCUUUACAGCUCAUCAGAAUCAAUCCACAAUCCGAGACUUAUUUGUACAACUUUUUCGCAGGGCCAUGAUAUGAAUACUUCCUUUGUAAUACUUUCUCACUCACCCACGUUUAUUUUUGCUAUAAUAAAUUCAUUAGGAACUUUGUCAAUUUACGCUAGCGACUUUUCACUAUUUCCAUCGGUGCCAGCUCUUGCCAAUUAUUGGUCCCAGUCAAUCGAUUCUGUUUGUAUAUAUACUAUCAACUAUUCCAUCUUAAAUCCGGUAUUAUUUCCCGUCAAAAACAGUCAAGAAUCAGUACUUAUCUACUCCACUAAGUCCUAUUACUUUCUUAUGCUUAACAUGAGCACAUGUGAUGGAUCCAAGAUCAUCUCUAGCAAAUAUUCUAGUUAUAUGAAGAAUAAGAAUUUAGAUAAUAUCGUGGAACUAACCUAUGGUGGAUGUAAUAUACUGUUAUUCAAUGCUUUGAUGUCGAAAUUGGAUCAGGGCUAUAGCAUAUAUUCCCACCCGUGCUACAUACACACUAGUGACAGAUCCGAGAUAAGCGUUUUUGUCAACGAAUAUCCCAUAGAAUGCAGAUUUAUGAGACCCUUAGGAUUUUGUGCUAUCAGACCCGUAAUUGAGAAAGGUUGUUCUGAUAAUAAUUUAUCCGUAAAUUGUAUCACCGGUGAGAUCCAAAAGUUUCGAAAUGAAUUUACCGAUCUACUAGAAAAAGUACGCAAUGAAAUGGCCACAAAAAAUUCCAUGGUCAACAAAACAUUCAACAUAUUAACCUCAUUGCAGUCAUUGCAUCGUACAGUUAACAGAUUUAACGAACUUGAGAAAUUCUACUCCUUUUUACUGGUUAAGGUUAAGGAAACGCAUGAGGAUAACAUCAAAAAUACCCUUGAGUACAUUGAUUCUUCUGCAACCCAUUCUUCUCAAGUAAAAUCUAUCAUACAAGAUAGAAUUGAUAAAAUUAAAAAAUGUAACGGCAUUAUUCAGAGUAGAUACAAAAAUAUUAACACUGUUUUCAAAGAUUUAGUGGCUAAGAACGAGUGCCAGAAUGUUAAGGUGUACUAUAAUAAUUUCAUGACUAGAAUUGAUUGUAUAAUAGCAGAAUUCGUCCAUCUAUAUCUGCAGUACCAAUGCAUCGAAUGCAUUAAGCUAAGGGCUCAGAUAAACGGUUAUGAAACCAUAAAGGAUAAGCCUGUGCUAUCUCGUUUUGGACCAUCUGUGGCUACACUAGAGCAUUUAUUAACGUCUGGUUCUUAUUCCAGCACCUCUGCGAGUUUACUUAAAUCUUUCCCCCGUUCCUUAUCACGCGAUCCCCCAAGAUCAACAAUAUCCCAACUAUCUAGAUCCCAAAGAUCUCAUUCACAGAUUUCUAGGAAGGAGGCUAUGGAUAUGAAAUUGUCUUGCGAGGAUAAGGGUCAGGUAUUAAGCUGUGAGAAUUGCAUAAUGUUGAAGGAUGCCUUCAAAAAGUACAUUGUGCUUAUCAAAAACAUUAACCGAGGGUUGAACAAAGCCGUGUUCUAA